UUGCAUUCCCCUUUCCAAAAGUACAUUGCUAUGCUAGUUUUUGGUCUACUGCUACUAGAUUCUCGUCUCUUUCUCUGUUUUGUGGGUCUUCUUUAGAGAAAUAUCCUGCCUGUACUCUGUUUCGCGUACUCGUUGUAGUGUUCUCAGUUCCUGUGAGAUUUUAAAGUUCCUGAGAAGUAACUUAGUUUCAGGCCGGAUACGUCUGUGCGAUAUCGUGUUUUGCCCUUUCCACGCAUCUGAUGUGAAGGUUGUCGGUGAGAGUGUAACAGAUUAGUUUGGAGCUGUGUGUAAGAUGGCGUCCGUAAGCAAAGGUCGUGGACGAGGCAGAAUUGUCAAGGAAGUCAGGCAACCGGCAGCCGAGACUCUGGAGCUGCUGAACUCUGAAGUACGGAAGCUUUCCGCAGGACAGCGCAGUUCUUCCGGACGUCCUGGUUCCGCACAGAGCAUCAGUCGGCUGGCAUCCACCCCGCGUGGUCAGGGCAGGGGCCGCAGCAGUUUGGAGACGAGUCCCCUGCCAGUGGCGGCAUCUCGAUCUGUGGAGUGUGAUCGCCCCAUCGGCAAGUGUGUCAUCAUCAGCUCAGUGAAGUCAUCGGUGGUGCAGGAGACACCACAGAAACGCACUCUACCUUUGGUCAGCAACACAAGGCCUAGCCCUAGCAACAGCAACACUGGAACUCUACCUUUGGUCAGCAAUAUGCCUAGCCCCAGCAACAGCAACGCUGGAACGUCACCGUCAUCACCAGCGCCCAACACUCUUGACUGCGUGCCUGCUCUGAGUAAUGCAGACACACAGACUAGUGCUCCUCCGGCGGCGGAAGUAAUUCACCCGGCCACCGACAGGCCCUCUCCCACGUUGUCGGCGACGUCGGAGGUGUUUGUUCCUUCCUUCAUGCGUACUGCUAGUGAGCCAAACCGCUCUUCCCAGCCGGCUGCUUAUACUCCUCCUUCUACUCUAAAUAUCAAUGAUAGUAGUUCUGGCGUUACCAACAAGAAUGUCAUAACUGGUGAUAGUGAUGGCGGCAUUGCAAGAAAUGACGCUGCCGAGCAAGGCUAUCUUGUCGGCAAUGUUAGCAACAACAAUGGCAGCAGCAGUGACAUCAUUGGAGGUGACUGCAAUAGCGAUGGUAAUAGCAAUGGCUACAGCCAUGGCUACGGCCAUGAUCACAGCGAUGGCUACAGCCAUGGUCACAGCCAUGACCACAGCCAUGGCCACCGCAGCCGCUCCAGCAGCACCAGCAGCACCAGCAGUACGGGUAGCAAUUCUAGUGCGACAGCAGCGAACACCACCAGUGGUAGCAGCAGCACCAAGACUGCACUGACACCGGGUGCUGUUCACGCAGAGCUCUUCAUCCCGCAGAAACACGUUGCCGGCACGUCUGCAACUAAACGGAAGAUACCCAUGCCAGCUGCGUGGGUGGACAUAGACGAAUCAAGCAAGGUGGCGCUCAAGCACCUGCACGAGGUGGUUACCUUGGCUAUUAACAAUCCGUCCAAUUGGAUAUUUAAGUUGACUUCUCUGCGUGACACAAUGUCAUCGUGGAUAGCCAACAAAGAAGCGGUGAUGGCCGCUGUUCAGUUUGUCAUCGAUCAGGCAAAGGAACACGACACGUUUGCUCUGAAUGGUGCGCGCUUGUUGGAGGGUAUAGCACCGAUCUAUUUCCGAGAUGCCGGUGUAACACUGUCAAGUGUACUGCCUGUUAGUGUCUUCAAGGUGAUGGAGAACUACAACGAGCUGGUUGCGGAUUACUCCACGCGUCGUAUGUCACGUAACCUGGCUGCGUUUCUCGGUCACGCCUGCACCCUACUGAAGGAACAUUGCAUAUCGCCUAGCUUAACGGGGUCAAUUCUCUCUGCUCUGGAAGUACUUAUGGCGAGUGGACAUGAGGACUGUUGUGUAGCUGCAUGCAACCUAUUGAAGAGGUCAGGCGAGGUAUUGUUCGCGGAUCCCGAUCGAACCAAGUACAAGGCUGUGAUGGUGCAGCUGGCAGCUCUGCAGGCCAAACACAAUUGGUCACCCGCAACACGCGAUUUGAUUGUGAAAACCGGUGCGGCGGAGUGGGAGCUGAAAAGGCAGCUACCUAGCCUGGCAGAAGUUAUGAGGCCCGCUGGCUGCAGUCCGAUGCCGUUCAACCCUUUCCUACCACCUGUGCUCACCUCGCCCGUUCCUCAGUCUCCACUCAUGACGCAGUUCUUCCAGCCAGCUAACCACCCCGCCUACGUGCCCGUUCGCCAGCCACUCUUUGUACCACCGGUACAGAGAGUCCCCGCACAUCCCAUGUCGUCCUACGCGCCUGCACAAUCUUCAGCUGUGGCGUCACAACCUGCCAAGCCUGCGCCAAAAAUGUCCAGCCUGGAUGAUGAAUCCUUUCAAGAUUUCUUAUCAUGGCAUCGCUCGCAUGCUUCCACAUCGGCCACCACAAACGUGGAUUCCGCCGAGACUAAGCAGAAAUUUAAAGAGUUCCUCGAGUGGCAGAAAUCCAGAACGGAGUAGUCAGCCUGCAAGUCUUCCUGUGGCUGAAUGACCCUGUCUUCUCAGAGUCUGUAACUGACUAACACUCUCUUCUCAGUUGUGUGCAUGUGCUGUUCAAGGGAAGCUGUAAACAUGCCGGAGCAGAAGAGUCUCUUCACCUUUUCGAGAAGCAAUCAUCUUUCUGGUCUGCUCUGUUAGAGCAAUUUAUCACCCAAUGCCACCGUACAAUCUGUGGAUACAUCACUAGAAUCGGUAGUUGUCCAUCUGCUGGUCUGCUGUUACUCCCGCUGAUCUGCUAUUACUCCCGCUGGUCUGCUGUUACUCCUGCUGGUCUGCUGUUACUCCUGCUGGUCUGGCGUUGCUGCUGCUGACUCCACUGCUACUGAUGCAUGUUGGUUGGGGGACGGGACCGCUCAGCUGUGUCUUUACUGCUGUUGCAUCAAGGCCUGCGUCACACAAUACACAGUGGAUGGGUGUUUCUAUUGUGGAUUUGUACUGCGUGAAGGGACGCAGGCGCCUUCCAUGCACGACUGUUGUUCUCGGCUCCCAGUGCGCCCUCCUUACUUAUCUCCGUCUGGCUGAUGGCAGGUCUCUGCAGGUCGAGUUGCGCACGGCAUGUCUGCUCUGUGAGUACGGUCUGCUGCUAUGCCCUGCAGUGUUCAUGGAGUCAAGUGAGGGUCAUGUAACGAGGGUCAUAUCCUCCACAAGUGUGCUGUGUCCCACCUGCUGUGUGCUGUGUUCCAUUUGGUGUGUGCUGUGUCCAUGCUGGGCGUGUGUCGUCGCCAGUGAACUUCUUUCGGAUGUCGCGUCUGAUUAUACUUUGUAAUGGCGAUUAACUGAUCAUUGUGUUGGUGAUCCGAUUGUAGCUUGUCUGCAAGUUUCUUUUUACAUGUACUAUGUUUACCUUUUGCUGUGAUGGAACAUUGAACUAGGCUUUUUAUUGUGUGUAUCUUGCCUGUAAACGAGGCAUGUUCGUCAACAAUGCGGGAUUGUUGUUGUUUCGAAUCUUUCUUCUCACUGGAACUAGUUACUUGGCCCGCUCAUCAACGAAUGCUGUUUUGCACAGAGUGCUUGUGUGUUUUCGUACGUUUUUUACACUUACCCUAACCAUCAUUUUUUGGGGGGCACCGGUGUCCUUUUCUUCUUCUUUUUUCUUAGAUGCUGAAAUGGUCAUGCCCUUGUAAUUGUCUGUGUUUCUUUGAUACCUGCUGUCAGUGACUCCAGAUCGUUCACUCCCCGUUUUAUUACCACUUUUCAUCCCCUGCUUUUAACCAUUCUCAUCUCCUCGCCGCUUUA